AUGUCGACAAAGACAAGCACCCCACACAUCACCAAACAAAAAGAUCGAAAUUUGUACUCUAUGGAAGGGUAUUGGGACUCAAUGGACAUCGCUAAAAUAUUUAGUACCCUCGAACACAUCGACUGCCCUUAUCUCUUUCCUUACAGGAACUGGAAAUACACGCCCCCCGAAGUCGACUUCCAAGGAAUCUUUAAAAGGAAAGUUAUAAAAGGCCCUGGUGUCUUGACUUUUGAGUCCGAUGUAGUGACUUAUACGCUUCAAGACUUCCUCGACGAGCAACCGAACCACACACUUAAUGGAGAUAAAGCGAUGUCUGUGAUAUCGCAAGUCUGGAUAGCACUCAAUUCGAUCCGGAAUUUGUCGCCAUUUGUACGAGUCCUUUCACUCCAUCCGUCGAAUGUUGUCCUCACAGUAUUACCAGGAAGUAACCCGCCUACACACCAAAUCCAAAUCCAAGGGUAUAUUCCUCUCAUCUUCUUUGAUUCGAUGACGGACGACAUGAAGAUGUAUUGCUCGCCACUGCAGUUAAGCUUCAUUCAUAAGAAAUUGAAUGUGUAUGAUCCGCGGUGUGACAUGUACACCUUUGCGUUGUUAGUCACGAAGAUUUGGACGGACAAACUUCCGUAUCGGAGCGAAGUCAAUAUCACUAAUCUCUUCGACGCGAACGGAAUCAUAUUCAGACUCCCUCUCUUCCCUAAUCCAUUAGUUAAGACACUUGUAGAGAUGAUUCUUAUCAAGAACAUGCCAUGGGAAUAUACAUAUACCGAUGACUAUUUGGUCAUGGCACGCAAAGCAACUUUCUUGGAAUUCCGAAGUAAACCAGAGGACUUCAAAGUCAUCGAAGAAAUAGGUAAAGGGACUUCAGCUACUGUCUAUCAAGCUAUUCAAAAGACUCGUCGUGGUGAUCGAAUUGUAGCUAUCAAAGAGAUGAUAGUCAACAACGACGAGAUGCAAUUCAUUCAGAACGAAGUUGAUAUUAUGUCGCUGUGUCGCCAUCCAAAUGUCAUCCAAAUGUAUGACUCAUUCACUCAUCAAGGCUCAAUCUUCACUUCUAACCCCGCAUUCUUCGCUAAUAUCAUUAUCGAGUUCUGCGACGGAGGAACACUCCAAAACUUCUUCGAGUCCGAAUUCCCAGUCAAUCCAUUCCCAGACUAUUUGAUCGCUCACGUCUUAAAAGGAAUCUUGAGCGGACUCUUCUAUUUACACAGCGAACAUCACAUCGUCCACAGAGACUUAAAACCAGAAAACAUUUUAUUGAAGGUCGACCCCGCUAAUACAAACGCACCUAUCGUCAAAAUCGCCGAUUUCGGACUCUCCAAAAUCGUCGAAAAUCGACAAAUGAUGGAAAGCUAUGUCGGGACUCCCGUCUUCAUGGCACCGGAAGUCUUUAAGAUGCAGAAGUAUGACUACAAGUGCGACUUAUGGUCGUUGGGAGGGUUACUCUAUUUCUUAAGAACACACGUCUACCCACUCAGUUCAAAUAGACAGAGGUUCAUGGCUAAUAUGCAGAACCAAAUCCCUCCUGCUUACCAAGACGCGUUCUGGUCGAGUAUGCCAGGACUGAAAGACUUGGUUAGUAACCUCAUUGUAUACGACCAAAACAGAAGAUACGAUUGGGCGGAAAUACAUAAACAUCAGUAUGUCAAAACUAUCAUGGGAGACGCUUUACAUACAAGAGACUAUGACAAACUCUAG